AUGGCUGAGGAUAACGUCGACGAUAUCCUGGUGCGCCUCGACGAGAUCGAGAAGCUGCAGGCGGAACUUCGACAUUUGGUACCGCGCGUCACGAAUAGCUCGUCCAGACACCAGGAUCUGUCCCGCGAAUCGCCCGCGUCAAUUCGUUUCCCAUCCCUCGUCACGUUCCCCGUAAUUUCGGACUUUACAUUAACUUCGAAGAACGAGCGCGUGCAAAAGUCAGCCGCGCGGUUGAACUUCAACGGCAAAUCGUUGAAGCGGCCCUCGACGAUAAAUCUAAAAAAUGCGGGAGGAUCUUCUCAGAGCGGAGCAAGAGAGACGAGUGCCUUUAAGAAUUUAUUGAGAAGUCGCAGCAACGUCACCGGCUCACAUGCGAGCAAUUCUUCGGCCUCAACUUCCGUAAUAGAUUCGAGAGCACCAACAAGGAGCAAUAUUGCGAGUCGAAUGGCCAAGGAGCCACAAGUAGCAAUUAGAGGGAGAUUAAAGAGCGAGACGUCGAAGACUGCAGUUAGAGAUAAAAUGCAGCGUGCAACUGGAGAGAAAUCCAAUGUGCAGCUACCUGGAAAUGAAAAUGUGAACUCAAGUGAAUGGAAUAUAUCUUCGCUUUCCGUUUCCUGA